GCGGCAGUUUGCGUUAACGGUCAGAGACUCUUCGUUUUCAUGUGUAUUUAUGUUUCUCUGUGUUUAUUCAUGUUUCUGAAUCUUCUGAUCGCUUCUUCGCGUUUCUUUCAGUCUCAGUUUGUUUCGAUACGUUUCUUUAAAUCACUUCAGGAUUAAUUCAAAGUUUAAAUACCACAACAUACAGAAGCUCGUGUUUUGACGUGAAAUCAAACACGUCACGGUCUCACCGGGUGACGACAGAUCGAUCUUCGGGUGAGUUCGUGUCUCCAUCUUGUUUCGAUGACACUCAUCUCAACUUGAAGAUGAUCGGAUGAAAGAUCCUGGACCAGGUCGUCAUGUAAACAUGUGGAAUAUGGCCACUAAAUGCAAACAGCGGCUUCCUGUUGCGUUUUUCAAGUAGAACAUGUAGACUUGUUUGUUGGUCUGGUCUUGAUUCACUUGUGUAUCGAUUUUGGUGAAGAUCGGACAAUGUGAACUCGGGGGCUGCGUUCCAGGGGGCGCUGUUGAGCUGUUUUGCCACGCCCUUUUAAAAUGACUCCAGAAUACGUACAUUUUCACCACUUUCUAAUUUUCUGCAACUUUGUUAAAGAUUAGAGCAUCUUGAAGCCUCAGGAAGCCCCCCCCCCCCCACACUGCGCUGCGGGUCCUAACAAACUGACCAAUCAGCUGCUUCCUGAUGACGUCAUGGCGACUAAGACUGAACGACUUCUGAUUGUUGUUUCUAUUCUGGAAGGUCGUCACUUCCCGAAGAGUCCUCGUCUCAGUCUCGUGGUGCAGGCGAGCUUUGAUGGAGAGCAGCUCUCCACAGACCCGGUGGAGCACAGGGAGAGGCCGCAGUUCAGCAGCGAGCUGGCCUGGGAGCUGGACCGCCGGACGCUGCACCAGCACAGACUUCAGAAAACUCCCAUCAAGCUUCACUGUUUCACUCUCGACUCCGUCAGCAAGACACGAGUGGGGGUCGGCUACAUCGUCCUGGACCUGCGCUCGGUACAGGAAGUCAAACAGGAGCCUCGCUGGUUUCCACUGCUGUCCAGUAAAUACUCCAAACAGAGGCCAGCGCUCCUCCUCGCCACGCUGCUGGAGAACGAUGCCAAGGCCUCAGAGCCGUCUCCUGAUAGGUUCAAAGCCAGGAAGGCCCCGCCCCGACAAGGUUCUCCUGCAGUAGCUGAGCUGCUUCCAGACAAACUGGAGGCAGAGCUGAUCUCAGACCAGGGUUUCCACCAGGUCGGACCCGCGGGUCACUGCACCGACAUGUUCGUCCUGUCCGUCACCGUGGCCUUCGCCACUAAACUGGAACAGUUGAUCCCCAGCACGAUGAAACUGUCAGAAGGGGGGUCAGAGUUCUUCUUCUACUACUCUUUACUGGGCCACGACAUCACCAGCGAGCCGUUCCACAACCUGCUGAACCCCGACUUCGAGCCGGAGCGCGCCUCCGUGCACAUCCGCAGCAGCAAACAGGUCCUUCAGACCUUCCUGUCCCAGCAGCCCAGCUUACAGAUCCACCUGUGCUGUGGGAAUCACUCUCUGGGCAGCACCGACGUGUCCCUCUCGGCUCUGGCUGCAGGUUCUGUGGAUCUGGAGAACAAGGGAGCGACGAUGGAGGGAGCGUUUGAUCUCAAACCUCCCAAACACACCAAAGAGACACUUCCUGCACUUCCUGCCGACCUGCAGCCGACCGUCGGCGUGGCCGUGACUCUGAGGAGAGAGGAGGCAAAACCACAGUCUUUAGGAAAUAAAGAAGGAAGUGGAGCUCGGACAAAGUUCAUCCCUCCUCCCUCGGUUCGUCCUGUUGAACAGAGACCUCGCAGCCUCUCUCCAGUCAGAAAACCUCCCGUCUCUCCCCCCCCCGGUCCUCCUCUUCCUCCUCUUCCUCCUGAUUCCUCCCAUACAGAGAGCGAGGCGGAGAGUCUGCUGGUGGAGCUUCAACGAGGCGGAGAACAGACGAGAGCGGCCGCUGCAGAUGCAGAUGUUCCCGUGCAGCUGCAGAGUCGGACCGAAGCCACAGCCGAGGGCGGAGCUUCGUCGGUCAGCGUUUCUGCUCCCAAAGUGUCCAUCCCCUCAUCCGCCCAUCACUUCUGCUUCUCUCUGGACCUGCGCAGCCUGAGGGGCGUCGGCCUCGUUCACCCCAUCGCUGCUACGCUCAGAUACUCGUACCAGUUCUUCGGCAGCGCAGCUCCCAUCAUGACCAGUCCUCCUGUGGAGCUGCAGAGGAACAUGGAGGUGUCGCUGCCUCAGUCGUACUGCGCCUUCGACUUCGCUGCUUUGCCGCAGCAGCUGCAGGACACGUUCCUCAGGGUUCCUCUGAUGGUGGAGCUUUGGCACAAGGACCCUUCCAGCAGGGACCAGCUGAUUGGACGAGCCACCGUCCAGCUGUCCCAGCUGCUGAGCUCUGACAGGAGCCGACUCCAGACGACGACCGGAGAUCAGAGCUGGAGACAAACUCACCAGGACCGAGUCGCUGUGAUGAAAACACACCGGCCCUCGGAGAAAGUGGCCGAGUUGAGCUACCUCGCGACUCUCGAAGACCUGGGACUGGUCAAAGCCAGAGAGGUCCUCCUGUCCGACUCGUCUCAGAUUGAACUUGAAGCCCCGACACGACCACCCCCCCACCCUGCAGCACCCAGCCUGCCCCUCGCCCCGCAGGGCCCCGCGGCCCCCAGGGACACCCUGGAGUACCGCACGGCCCUGGAGCUGGAGCUGUGGAAGGAGGAGCAGGAGGAUCUGUUCGAUCAUCAGUUGAAGAAGAAGGAGCUGAGCCACAUGCAGGCGCUCGCUGAGGAGUGGAGGAGGAGGGACAGAGAGAGAGAAGCUCUGGUCAAGAAGAAGGAGGUGGAGUUUAAUCUGCUGGAGGAGCAGCUCCAGAAAACGCUCUCUGAUCUGGAGAAAAGAGAGAAACAGUUGGCGGAGGGCGAGCUCCAGACUCAGCGGCUGCAGAGGGACCUGCGAGCUGAACACGAGCUGACCCAGAGGGAGCUGCAGGAGAGCGGCCGCAGGCUGCAGCAGGACUGUGACCACCGGGUGGCGCUGGAGAGAGACAAAGUGCGACAGAUGGAGGAGGAGCGAGGGCGGCUGCUGCAGCAGGUUCUAGAUGCUGAGGCUCGGUACAAACAGCUGGAGAAAGAAUUCCAGCUGUUCAGAGAACAGCAGUACAUGAGGCCUGAGGUCAGCCUCCAGUCAGAGGUCAACCUGCUGAAGCUCGAGAAGGUGGAACUGGAGAGGAAGCUGGAGUCCACCACCAAGUCCAAGCUUCACUACAAGCAGCAGUGGGGGCGUGCCUUAAAAGAACUGGCCCGGUUCAAACAGCGCGAGCAGGAAAACGCCAAGAUGCGUCUGAGGAGGCAGGAGGCGGAGCUAGAGGCCAUGAGGCAGCGUUACAGAGCAACUGAGGAGAAGGAGGUGAUCCGCCAGGACAGGCAGGAGCUGGACGACAUCAGGAACGAGAUCAACAGGUUGAAGCAGCAGGAGGACGGACUAGGCCCCGCCUCCUCCCUGACAGGCCCCGCCCUGAACGAGAGCGCAGACGAGCACCUGACCCGCCUCCUGGAGGAGAGAGACACUCUGCUGAAGACGGGCGUCUACACCCACGAGGACAAAAUCAUCAUGGAGCUCAACAGACAGAUACAGGACGCCAUGAGGGACCGGGGGAACCUCUGACCGCCGCCGGGCCGGCCAAUCAGAGACAGCGUCACCGGAGAGCGCAGGUUUUUAUUUAUUUUAAUGUGAAGAAAAAGAAUCGACGUCUUGGAAAGUGAAGAUUCUCAUUUCUCCUCAUUGUGACAGAAAGUUACAGAAACAUGAAUCUCAUUAACUUAUUUAAGUAAACUUUAAAUAAAUGAAUUAUACAAAAGAAAUUAACUUCAAAAUAUGUUUUCCCUUUGAAUCAUUUCAGUUAAAUAAAAUCAAGAAAAAUUCUUGGCACGUUAAUAAUUAUUAUUUUUUCAAAUGCAGCGUUUUCAUUUCUCUCCGUUUCUUUGAAAUGAAGCUAUACUUUUAUUUUUACACUAUAUUUUGUUUAUUUAACUGAAAUAUUGAAAUAUUUAGCUCAUUAAUAUUUGUUACAUUCAGUUUUUACAUUUUCCACAUAAACUUCAAAUGAGUUGUUUAUGUGAAUUGAAAUGCUGAAAUCUUCAGGUUCUAACUUCUCAUUUAUGGACAUUUGUAGUUAUUGAAACAGAUGUUUUUGUUUUAUUAUAUUUCAGGGACUUAACAAUUGAAAUAUUGAUUUAUAAACAAAUUGAGUGAAGUCGUGAGAUAAAUCAGGAGGAGUCAAAUUUACUUGAUUAUCAAAAUAAUCAACUUCAAUUCAAGAAACGUUUAAAUAAAUUGAGGAUUAAUAUCUGAACGUUUCUGAAUCAUUUUCUGUGAAUCUAAUAAAAUCUGUGCUUUUGUCUUGUUGAUGUUUUUGAAACAAACUUGUUUUGUACAUUUGUCCCAUCGAUGUAAAACCGAUUGAUUCGUAUUUCCUGGACUAAAACAUGAAAUAUGAACAGAACGUGAACUGUUUGUAAUGUUUGAACUUUUCAUCCUGUUUGUUGAUGUUGAUGAAAAGUGUUUGUCUGACAGCAGGUGGCGCUGCAGCUUCAGCUCUGACCUAGAAACACUGUGAACUUUAAUUUAUUAUCUUUUAUCAUCAGAGCAGAGACGACUUUUAAUGUGGAAUAAAUUAUUUUAUGAUAACAUCUGCUGAGUUGUGUGUCGUUAAUAUCUGUUUUUA